AUGGGAUCAAGCUCUUGUCUUAAGCAAGGUUCAAUGUCAAUGGACAAUGCUCACAUUACACCUGAAGCAACCUAUGAAGCUGUGGUUGCAGAUCCUAAACUGUUCAUGGGUUCCUUGGAGAGACUACAUUCUCAAUUGGGUACUAAAUUCAUGGUUCCCAUUAUUGGAGGGAGAGAUUUGGACUUACACAAGCUUUUCAUCGAGGUAACCUCUCGUGGUGGAAUCAAUAAGAUACUUCAUGAAAGGAGAUGGAAAGAAGUUACUGCUACAUUUGUCUUUCCUCCAACAGCAACAAACGCAUCCUUUGUCCUGCGCAAAUACUACUUCUCACUGCUUAACAAUUAUGAGCAAAUCUAUUUCUUCAGAUCUAAUAGCCACAUUCCUUCAGACUCUCUCCAGAAUCCAUCUUCUGGAGUGGGACUUACACAGGGAACCAUAAGACCUCCACAGGAACUUCAAGCUAUUGCACCACAACCAAGGAUUGAUUCUGGAGGAGCUUUAACUGGUCCAAAUGUGACUGGAGUGAUCGAUGGGAAAUUCGAAGAUGGUUACCUUGUAACUGUAACAAUGGGAACAAAGCAGCUUAGAGGAGUUCUCUAUGAACUUCUUCCACAAGUUCAGCAACAGAGUCAUGGCUCUUUCCCCAACACUUAUCAUGUCAAUCCUCAAGGGGUUACUACAAAGCGUCGCAGGAGAAGAAAGAAGUCAGAGAUCAAAAGACGUGACCCUGCUCAUCCCAAACCCAACAGAAGUGGUUAUAACUUCUUCUUCUCCGAGCAGCACGCUAGGCUGAAACCUCUUAACCCUGGUAAGGAUAGGGAGAUCAGCAGGAUGAUUGGUGAACUCUGGAACAAGCUUAAUGAACAAGAGAGAUUGGUUUACCAAGGGAAGGCAAUGGAGGACAAAGAGAGGUAUCGAAUUGAAAUGGAAGAGUAUAGAGAGAAGCUUAGGACAGGACAGCUGAUAAGUAACGCUGUUCCACUGCAGCAGAUGCUUCCAGAGCAGAACCUAGACAUGGCUGAAGGAGGUGAUCUUCCAAUAGAAGAGGAAGAAGGUGAUUCAAGUGGUUCCUCAGGAGAAAGUGAGUCGCAUGAUGAUCCUGAACUGGAGGAAGAGCCAUCUCAGAAUCCUUUAGGUCUAAACCUUAACCCUAAUCCGAGUGAGGUAGUGCCAGUGGUGGCUCCUAAGGAGAAAACGGAUGAUGUUGUGAUGGAAGCAUCUGUAAUGAAGAAACCUGAAGAGCCGAGUGUGGUGGUUGCUGCUGAACAGAAGUGAAGAUUCUUCUCUUGUUUCUUUUUCUAUUUGCUAUUUUUUUC